CACUGUCACGACGGACUCGACAUCGGAUACAAAAAGAUGAGCGUUCUUGCACCUCCAGUGAUGGGAGAUACUUAUGGGUCCGAUAGACCAAAAGAAGUUUACUUCAGUCCGUACGCUCAAAAUGGGGGUACAACUGUUGCUGUGUCUGGAGACGAUUUCUCUGUAAUAGCAUCAGACACAAGACUGAGUGAAGGUUUUUCUAUACACAGCAGGACUCUCCCAAAAACUGUUCAGUUAACGGGUAACACAGUGCUAGCAUCAUGUGGAUUUUAUGGAGAUGUUCUCACUUUGACCAAAGUACUGAAAGCAAGACUGAAGAUAUAUGAACAGGACCACCACCAGAAGAUGUCCACCACCGCCAUUUCUGCUAUGCUGUCCACCAUGUUGUACCACAAACGCUUCUUUCCCUACUACACUGACAAUAUAGUUGCUGGCCUUGACAAUGAAGGUCGUGGAUGUGUGUUCAGCUUUGACCCUGUAGGAUCAUAUGAGAGGGAGUCUUUUCGGGCUGGUGGCUCUGCUAGUUCCAUGAUGCAGCCUUAUCUAGAUAACCGGAUUGGACACAGAAACAACCCUAAUCCUCCAAAAGGACCCCUCACAAAGGAGCGGGCUGUGCAGCUUGUCAAGGAUGCUUUCAUUGCAGCAACAGAGAGAGACAUUUACACUGGUGAUGGUGUGGUAAUACAUGUGAUCACCAAGGACGGUAUAGAAACACAAAGUUUUGGCCUCCGUAAUGACUAGGAUAACAUUAUAGAAAUCAUCAGACGUUAAGGUGUCACCAUCAACUAUCACAGGCAUUCAUCUAGACUUGAAGUGUCAAAGUACAGAAUCUACUGACUUACUGUACAGUAUGUACAACUGCACAUGGGUAAAGUAAAGGACAUCAUGUCCCUCAUUGUACAGACUUUACAUCUAGGCAUGGUGUGUUAAAUGUAGGACAUAAUGUGUCCCACUGUAUGGACAGAAUAUCUAGGCAUGGUGUGUUAAGUUUAGAACAGCAUGUCCUUCAUGGUAGAGACUUCUACACCACAGCAUGCUGUGGUAAGUGUAGAACCACAUGUCUCCCACAGUACAUAUACACCUCUGUAGUACCGGUGUAAGCAUUUCCUGGACAAUACUUCCAAUGUCUGUUAGUUGAUACCUUGAACUAUGGGAAAAUUGAAGUGCUACAUACAUAUAUGCUAUCAUCACUGAAAAAAAAAAUGUUUGUCAAACAUAAUUUGAUGAAUAAAAUUUGUCAUGUUU